UUGCUGGAACCAAAAAGGUGGCGACCUUUAAGGACCAGAUUAUCUCCCACUUUCACGUCAGGGAAGCUCAAGGAAAUGUUCUCGAUGAUAAUCGAGUGUUCCAAUACCUUCGAGAAGUACGUUGACUCGUUGAUUGCCAACGGCAACAACAUUGACGUACGAGAAGUAUGUGCGAGAUUCACGACUGACGUGAUUAGCAGCUGCGCAUUUGGCCUCGAUACGAAUGCAAUGUCGGGCGAGAAUAACAAAUUUCGCGAGAUAGGAAAGACUUUUUUCAAUAUGAGCCUGGUACAGAGAAUAAAAAUCCAGCUUAGGGAGGGUUUACCCACGUUGUACACGCUCCUUGGAUACAUCCUACCAAGGGACGACAUGACCCAGUUUUUCACUAAAGUUGUCAAUGAUGUGAUUGAUUAUAGAAGAAAGAAUAAUGUCGUUAGACAGGAUUUCAUUCAUACCCUGAUGGACCUGCAGGAUCAUCCGGAGAAACUGAGUAUAAACUUGACUAAUGAUUUAUUAAUAGCCCAAGCCUUUGUCUUCUUUGUGGCCGGUUUUGAAACCUCGGCGUCGACUAUAGCAAAUGCUUUAUAUGAACUGGCACAGAAUCAGGAUAUUCAAGAUAAACUGAGAGAAGAGAUUACGGAGCAUCACGAUAUGAACAAUGGUGAAUGGCUGUACGAGAGUAUUAAAAAGAUGCCAAUUUUGGACGUAGUUUUAAAAG